AAUGUAUUCAGUAAUAAUGUUAGCUUGUUAGAAAAUUAUACAAAAUGGCAACCAAAGAAAUUGAAGCAUCCCAUGUUAAUGAUAUGGUACAAGAAGUUGUGUAUAAACCCACAACAAUUGAUUGUGAAGGUCCUUUAAAGUCGAAAAAAGGCAGUUCUACAUUUUUAUACUUUAUCAUAUGCAUAGUAAAUUUGAUUGGUUUCUCAUGUGGGUCAUCUAUAUCAUGGACAUCACCUGUAAUACCAAAGUUGGAAGGUUUCAUGGGGGCGGAACAUAACCCAUUAGGAAAACCCAUAACAAAGUUGGAAGGGUCUCUUAUAGCAGGGAUUUUGAGUCUUGGUUGUGCUAUAGGACCGUUUAUAUCAGGGCCGUUGGCUGGAAAAUAUGGAAGGAAAAUAACUUUACUGUGCAUUGCAGCGAUUGUGGGGAUAUCUUUUAUUACUUUGGCUUUUGCUACGAAUGUUUAUGUGUAUUAUGUGGCGAGAUUUCUUAAAGGGCUUGGAGUUGGGAGUACAUACCAAAUAAUACCGAUCUACUCUGGUGAAGUGGCUGAAAAUACUAAUAGAGGUAGAGUUGGUUGUUUGUUUGUAGCCAAUAUUUCAGCUGGGUUGUUAUCUUCCUACUUGGUGGGUCCAUAUUUAUCUGUUAGACUUUUCUGUAUAUUCCAUACAACGCCCAUUGUGAUAUUCUUAAUUUUCUACAAAUUUAUACCUGAAAGUCCGAUAUAUCUAGCUUCAAAAGGUGAUAAAGUUGAAGCUAAAGCCUCUCUAAUGAGGCUUCGUAGAUAUAGCGCUUCUGGGGUGAAAGACGAGUUAAUAGACAUCUUCCUAGCAUGUGCUGAGUCCAACUCCAAUAAGGGUGGUUUUAAAGAAAUAUUUAGAUACCCACCUUUGCAAAAAGCCUUCUUAAUAUGCUUACUACUUUUAACCCUACAACAAUUCACUGGUAUAGCCUUUGUAGUGGGCUUCUUGCAGACUAUUUGUGACGUAGCAGGUGGCAGUGUUUCACCUUCUAUUUCUGCCAUAAUCAUCGGUGUAUUAAAAACAUUCGCUUCACUAUUUACCUCCACCGUUAUAGAUAAGUUUGGCAGAAAAUUAUUGGCUAUGAUAUCAGCACUAGCAACAGGCAUAUUUAUAACAAUCCUCGGCAUAUUUUUCUUCUUACUUCAAAACAAAUAUGAUGUAUCCAAUAUAACAUGGCUUCCAAUCGUUACUUUAAUUUCUUACAUAAUAUCAUUUAAUCUAGGUAUGGCCCCCGUACCUUUCGUUAUAGUAGGGGAAAUAUUUCCCUCCCAUGUUAAAUCCGCCGCAUCAACGGUUUUAAUUUCCAUCAAGUUCUUAACAAGUUUCAUUAUUACUUUUCUAUGUCCAGUUUUGUCUAGUUUACUAGGAAUGGCGCCUACAUUUUGCAUGUUUGGGGUAUUUUGUGUAAUUGGGACCGUUUUGAUUUAUUUCAUUGUCCCUGAGACUAAAGGAAAGUCUCUAGCUGAGAUACAAGAUAUUUUAAAGCAUAGAUGAUGUUAAAAAAUUUAAUGUUUGUUUUAUUUUUUACCCGAAAUAUCAUGCUAAUUAAGAAGCAACAAGGUUAUAUUUUUAUCAAUAUGUAAAUUUGGUUACCGUUAAUGGCGGUAAUUUUGCGUGGUGGUUAUCUGUGUCAGAAAUGUAACAAGUAACAAGUUAUUUUAUUGACUUGAACUAACUAAAUCUGUAUGUCUUAGGUAGAUCAACACUUCAUAAUUGCAUAAAACGUAAUAAUUUUUAUUAAACAACAAUUGUUAAUGUUUUAAAAUAAAUCAUACAUGCACCUUAUCUGUUAAUACAGCAUAUUACAUAAUUAUUUAUUCAGCCUUGUCUGUAUUUAUAGAUGCAGAUUUACUGUUUGUUUCUGGUACCACAAAUACGCAAAAAUAAUACCAAAUGCUUAAAAAGUACUAAAAUUCAGAAUGAAGAAUCCAUUGCAUGUUAUUAUUAGGAAUGUUGAAGCUCGGAAUUGACCUUUGGAGGGGAAUCAUUCGUCUAUAAAAAUUCAGGGUAGGCUGCAAAUUGGUAUUAAGGAGUUGGAAGAACACUUUUAGGCUGUUAUGAUAUACAAUGUAUAUUAUACAUGAACCUGUUGAUGAUAUCGGGGAAUUUAUCAGAUGCAAUAUUAACAUCAAUAAUAAUUUUUUAAAUCCUUUUUAUUAUCCUUAUUGGUGACUAAAUCAAAAGUUUAUUAUCAAGAAAGUUAUACAGCUUAAGUUUACAUAAACAGCUUGUUAAAACAUGGUACAUACUUAAUUAAAUAAAAAUAAACUAAAACUAUUUUCUUAACAUGGUCUGUAUCUCAGAUAAAGAUUUGCCUUUUGUUUCUGGCACAUAACAUGCCACAAAAAUAAUACCAACUGCACAAAAGGCACCAAAUACCCAAAAGGUAGCAGCCAUGCCCAAGAAUUCACUAAAAUUAGGAAAAAAGAAGGUGAUCACGAACGAUGCUAUAAAACAAAAACAUGUCAGGAAUGUUGAAGCUUGGAAUUUGACGUUUGAAGAGAAUGUUUCUCCUAUGAUAACCCACGGUAUACCACUCAGUCCUAAACUGAAGCUUAUAGUGUAAGAAACUAAGCUUAUAAUUGGUAAGAGGGAUAUGCUUGAGAUGUUAUAACCGUUGUUUUGGAAGUAGAAGAAUAUACCUAUGCUGAUUAGUGAAAUUGAUGUUCCUGCAGUGGAUAUAAGCAUCAAGGUUUUUCGACCAAAAUGUUUUGCUAAAUUUGUAGUUAGAAUACUUAUAAGUAAUUGUAUUAUGGCUAUAAUAAUAGGUGCUUUAUCGGAAGGUAUACUACCACCGGCACUUUUAAAUAAAGUUUCCAGGAAUGAUUGAACGGCUGUAAUACCAGACAUUUGUUGCAAUAUCAAAAGGCCCGAGGUGAUUUUUAAAGCCUUUAAAUCUCCUUUAUUAGUAAAUAAAGAUUUAUAACCACCUUUUCCUUUAUAAUCGUUUUGAAAUGACUUCAUUAUCCCCGAGACCUGUACAUAAACUUCAUCCUCACCUCUCGAGCGUAGCUUCAUCAAGGUCUUUUUAACCCCUUCUUUAUCACCUUUGGAAGCUAAAUACACCGGACUUUCAGGCAUAAUAAAGUACCCCAAUACAAAGAAAAGUAUAGGUGCUAUGGUGCAUGAUAAGGAAAACAAUUUGAUGCUCAAAAUAGGCCCCACCAAAAAAGCAUAAAGAACACCAAGGGACAACCCAACACCAAGAAAACAUCCCAGCAUUCCUCUAUUGUGAUCUUCAGCUAUUUCUGCUAUAUACAUCGGCAUCACUGCUAUUGAACCACCGAUGCUUAACCCCUUUACAAAUCUGGCAACAUAGUAAACAUAUACUUUAGACGUAUAGGCUAGUGCUACAAAGCUUAAUAUCAAAGGUAGUGAUAAUCCUAGUAAGGUGAACUUCCUGCCCACUUUGUUGGCCAGUGUCCCAGAUACGAACGGUCCAAAUGCACACCCCAACGACAUUAUUCCAGCAAUUAAGGAAAUUUCUAAGGUUUUUAUUGCAUUUGGAAGAGGAUUUUGUCCAGGAUCUACCAACUUCGACAUUACAGGUGACGUCCAGCCAAAACCCACGCCAGCUGAGAAGGAAAAG